AUGCUCAGCUCCGUCAUCGACGACAAGCCCGUAGCCUCCACUUGGCUUGACCGUCUCCGUCUAAGCAGAGGUCUCUCCACCACCGAAGAUGACGAUGCUUCAGGUAAUCCUCUUAGCCUCGAUGACUUCCUCCGCCGCAACCACCAUACCGAAGUCACCGGAGAUCCCGCCACUAGUUCCGCCGCCUCCGAUUCUCCUCCGUCUGCUCCGAGUCCUUCGGAUCCGGAGUUAGCUGAGAGCCCAUUGGAUCCAAAUCCCGGCGAAUGGUACGGCGUGAUGAGCGAUGUUCUCUCCGAACUAUUCAAUUUCGGCGGUUGCUCCUCUUCUCGAUCUUCCACGAUUCCCGGAAAGAAGUUCCCGAGAAAACAAUCAAACCCUAGGCAUUGUUCCGUCGAGUCUCCUCUCGACGUUCCGUUGCAAAAUCAGAAACGCGAUUCGAGUUUUCUCCCAUGUGUUCGUGAAUUCGCCACUUCGUCGCGCAAUUCGUACAAUAAGAAACCGGCGCCGGAGACGAGGGAGAGGAGAAGAAGCGUGGCGGAAGAAGACGGAGUUGAUGAGGAAGAAGAGAAAGGUGAGAAGGAUCUAGUUGGGUUUUCGAGGAGUGAAGUGACGGUGAUCGACACGAGCUUCAAGAUCUGGAAAUCUGAUAAACUGGUGUUCCGGAGGAAGAACGUUUGGAAAGUUACAGACAAGAAGGGAGCAGUUUCAGACAAUCCCUUUUUGCAAUCACCGGUGAACAUCUUCGUCAUAUCCGAUCUCAUUCUCCGACCCGAAUCUGAAUCGAAAUCCAGUUGCUUCGCGGCAGCAUUGACCGUGUCGUGUUCCUUGGGUUCAUCUUCCUCAGAGAUCUGUUCGUCAUCUUUUCGCGAUGAUAUUUCCAUUUCCUCUUCGUUGCUUGAGGAAGAUGACGGACAGAUCUUUGAAGAAUACGAACCCAAAGAACCCGGCAGUGUUACCGCUGCGAAGCAGCAAGAUUUCGAUUCAGAAUCUGGGUCGGAUCAGACUCUAAAACCGAGCCGUCUCCAAUAUCAAGAUCUGAAAAGGCAAUUGCAGUCACCGACGAAGAAGGAUGUUGUCAGCCGUCUGCUUCAGCUCCACCAGCGGAGUGAAGAGAUCUCAACAGAGAUGAUUGCAAAAAAGGCUCAGACGGUUUCAAUAGACUGUGGUGGCUUCCCCUUUCAAGAGUUCAAUCCACGAUACCACAUUGAAGAGGUUCAUGAUGAUCCAGAGAGUAGCAAUGUCAACAUCUUCUUGAGUAGGCAAGUUCUUUAG